AAAAGCUCCAGCAUGUCAAUUUUAAGAAACAGUUAAUGUUAGCGUCCAUCAACUAAUAUGUUUUGUGAGAUAUGGCCUCUGAAGUACAUAACAUAUGUCGUAUGUAUAGUGCUUGCGUCAAAGAUGGUCAGUAGUAAAGUGCAGUUGGGAAGGGAUGUCACUCAGGAGAAACGUUUAGAAUUGAUAUACAAAAACAUUCCAUCAAGUCGGAAUCCAGUUGUUGAAUCUGACAUUCAGCAGACAAAUAUGCUGAAAUGGCAGCAUUUUCAUGACAAUAGAAAACCCUUGGUACCUUCUGAAAAGACUGCAACAGAGCCUCGCUGGUUUAAGAAAAGAUGGCACAUGCUUCGAACUUCAAAGUUUCGAAACCAACGCAAGAGUCUUCCAUUAAUAAAAGAUGGAACACUUGACAAUGCUUCCGCUGUACAAUCAAAGUCUUCCAAGACAAACUAUACCAAAGAUAAGAUAUAUUCCACCAUGCAUACAAAGAACAAGAUAUCCAAAGGAACUGACAUUUUAUAUCACAAAAUACAUAGAAGAAAAAGGGAUGUUUCUGUCCAAGAGAAGAAGGACGAGGCUGACACAGCAUCCAGUAUAACAGUAUUAGGAGUCUCUGACUCAACGCCAAGACCGAAACGGUCAGUGUCUGGAAGUGAAAGGACCAAUAACACAAGUGUGUCACGCCAUGAGGAUGCAUUUGUAACAUUUUAUCCCGUGCCAGAUGAAUGGACAGCGAAGGGGAACUACUCUGCAGUGCGGAAGUUAAUUACCAAAUUCCAUAGGGAACAAAUGAUAGCUCGUGAUGCACAGAUAGCGUUCAUGUGCAUGGUGUUCCUGUUGUGUUUACUCAGCCUGUGUGUAUGGUGCACAGGCAUGUGCUACAGGAAGAAAAUUCAUUACAUGAAGUGGAGUUUUCAAGAUAGUCAUGCACUCACAAGUGUUGGAGAUAUGUUACGAAGACGGUGGAAACAUUUACCGGAACAAAGUUUUUAUGAAGAAGUCGUUGUUCAUGACAGAGGGACGGACCCAUGACCUUCACCUUCUCUCUAUCUGUACAAACUGCAAAUUUAUUAUUAUAAUUAUCAUUAAGAUGUACUUACAAUGUUUACGGUGAUAUCAUGUGAUAUUUUAUUAGUCUAACAACGAUUUAUUCCUCAGUGUGAAUUUAUAAAUAUACAUGUGUAUCUGGGUCAUUUUUGAAGAGACAGUGUUCUUUUUUACGGGGAUAUACUUGGGAUAUAUGUAAAUAGUCUUAGGAAUAUAGGAUUGAUGGCAUCUCUUGUGUGAAUGAUGCUGGUUUGGGGCGUUGCCCUGAGUUAAUGUUAAUGUUAUACCAGGAGUUGGAACUCUGUACGUUGUCAAAUAUUGCAUAUACCGGUAGUCCGUUUGACUUCACUUACCGAUAUUUCUUACGAGGGGGGACCACUUGCUGGUAGAACAGCCAGGUAAUCAAC